AUGGAUUCGAGGAUGAGAUCGAAUGCUCUGGGCGCCGCGUUUAGUUUCGUUUUCAUUGGAGUUUUGAUUUCUGCACAAACACAGGAGUUUGAUGUUCCUGCAUAUCCUAAAGCUGUUUCGGAACUGAAGGUUAAUGUCGUGAAGAGCUUAGGGUUGAAAAGCGAUGAUUUGGAGGUAUUUGGAUUCGAUGUGAGGGAUGCUGUGGUGGGGGAAACAGUGACGUACGAAUUCCAUGUACAGAUUGAUGAUGGAUUAGUUUUUCCACUGAAGGUGUUGAAGGAUGCAUUUAGUUGGAAGUACGUGGAUUUGCCUAUUUUCCGAAUGGAGAAAACUGAAUCUUCAGGAUAUCAGACGAUUCAGAGACUUGGUGAUGAUAGUGAGAUGGCUGUGCUCGCGCAAUUUCAAUUGGCCGGACCGACAGAGCUAUGGAUUCAGGAUGCCAAGGAUAUGAAGAUAUCUUUUCCUGAUGAUGUUGAUGCCGGUGAGCUGAAGAAAGUGAUCUUAGCAGAUAAUGGUGUCGUUGUCACCAUUAAAGAUGCGUUAUCAGUUAGUCUGCGCCAUCCAGUUGAGUUACCACUCCCAAUGACCCCAAAGCAUAGUGGCUUCGCUUCGAGCAUUUUAUAUCUUGGAAAGCAUCUUCAAGAAAAUUGCAGCUCACAUGGAGGUCCUCUUCUUUCCCUAAGCAUAGUCAGUCCAUCAUCCCUUGCAUCCACAGGUAAUGUUGAGGUUAAGCAGCUUGCCCCUGGUCUGGUUGAAUUAUCCUCUAAAUUCUGGCCUGCCGUUUCUAUCACUGGUUCAAACUCUACCUUGCUUGCUUUUGAGAAGUUGCUUUUCUCUGUUCUUGGUUCCAAAGCAAACGAGUUCGGCUCUUUCAAGCUUCUAAAGGCGGACGUCUCUGCUCACACCAUGGUAAAGAUGAACUUUGGGAUCAGGAGAAAGGUUAGAGUAUGGGAUCCCGAGUGGAAAAUUCAUGAGUGGAGAACAAAGCCAGAAUACAUCAGAAGAUACUUUGAGAUUUUCACUACAGUCGACGGAGACAUGCUUGUACCCUUAGCUGUUGGAGAGGUUGAUCCUGUGAAGUAUAAAGAUCCAUUUGUGAAAAAUGAGGUCCUGGAUGAAAUUGACUCGGAAUACCUGUUACAACGCAAGUUUAAGGAGACUGCAACCUCCUUUACGCUGUGAAACUCUAGUAGGCCAACAUUUAACCUGCCAUGAAUCAACCUCCUGUACAGCUAUCCCUUCCUUCUCUUUUGCUUUAUUCCUUAUUGGCUUUAGCUUCCCAUAUUUACAGUUUUUCUCAGACUUUAAU